AUGUCAUUCCCCGAAGCAAUUACAAAAACUGGAUUACUUCUUCUCUUACUCUCAUCGCUACAAUGCACGCCAGAAGCCCGGACAGCAUCAACCAUAGCAUGCAGCUCCAGAAUAGAAGUACCCAUAUCUGAUGAUAUCCUUAAUAUUUGUGUCACUGUUCAUUUUACUUCUAUUUACACUACUAACUUACAUCCUACGCACACAAACGAUGACUGGUAUUGA